GCUAGCAGCAUCUUAUUUGUGGUAGCAAGUUGAGAGAGACACAGAGAUGGGAGUUUCAGUUGCAGAGGUAGUUGGUGGUUGGAGGUUGUUGUGUCAAUCAGGGUGUUACCAGAAUCGGCGAAAGCUUAACCAGCCAAAGACGCCGUUGUUCCUGCAAAACGCAAUGCCAGUUCGUUUUACUUUAAAUUCAAGGACGAGGCAGACUUCUAUUAUUGCUCCUCGAGCUGAAGGCCGCCAAGCAGGAGAUCAAAACCCCGAAACAUCUUCUCAAGAGGACUUAUGGUAUGCGGGGAAACUGGUGGCGGGUUCAGUUGCCGGUGCGGCUGUAAUAAAGUAUGGCAGCGCUCUAUUCCCUGAGAUAACCACACCCAACAUAGUGUUGGCUCUCCUUAUCAUCACAGCUCCUGUGCUUCUUGCUGUUGUUCUUUUGAUCAAGGAAAGUCUCCUAAAGUCGUAACCACAUUCAUUAUUCCUCGUAUGGUAAAAUCAUGGUAGGAUUAUUUUCAAAUAAGGGAACAAAUUUUUCUAUUCUCUCGUACUCUCAUUGUAUUAAUUAUUAAACUUAUACUAAUGUAAUAGCUCUCCAAGGGGAAUUUUCCACAUGCCCUACAUGUUAUAGGAUGCGUCAUUUUUAAGGAUUAAUGUCUACAUACAAGUGAUUUUGCUAUACAAGUCUUACAAGUUCUCUAAUUCAUAUUACGCUCAAACGUGCUUGUUAUGCACAUAUGUUUCAUGCGCCUCUAAUAAAUUUUUAAUUUUUGAAA